AUGUCGAGUAAUGGCUCUGAACAUGAGACUAAUAAUUCUUCCACAAAUUCAACAGGAUCAUCAAUUGUAUCUUGGACAACAAUUGAUGUUGAACAAUGGCUUUAUUCAUUAAAUUUAUCAAAUUUUGUUGGUAAAUUUUGUAAAGAAAAUGGUGUUGAUGGUUUAACAUUACUUCUUAUGAAAGAAAAUGAUCUUAAACAAGCACCAUUAGCAAUUGAACGUUUAGUUGAUAUUAAAAAAUUAUGGUAUCAUAUACGUUUAUUACAAUGUCAAGAGAAUGAUUUCUAUUCACCAUUAAAUAUAUCAUCAUCAUCAUCAUAUUUAACGAAUGAGAAUGAUGAACAAAUUUCGAUGUUAUUAUCAUCAAAACAACAAUGUUCAAAUGACAAUACGCAAAAACAUAAUCAUUCAUCAUUAUCACCAACACAUUUAUUGGAAUCAAAUAUACACAAUAUGUACAGUUCAUGUCAAAUAAAUAGUCAACAAAAACCUCUUUUCGGUAUGCCAACAGGUGAAAAACGUAAAUUAUUAGUUAGUUUUAUCUAUGCAUUAAUUAGUGGUAUAUGGACAUCAUUUAUUAUGGUUGUUGUACAUAAUCGUGUACCGAAUGUACAAAAAUAUCCACCACUACCUGAUCUUUUUCUUGAUAAUAUUCCACAUAUUGCAUGGGCAUUUACAGUUAGUGAAUAUAUAAUUAUAAUGAUGAGUUUCACAUUUUUAUUAAUUUUAAUUUUCCAUAAAUAUUGGAAUAUCAUAUUACGAAGAUUUUUUACACUUGGUGGUACAAUUUUUUUCCUACGAUCGAUAACAAUGUUAGUUACAUCAUUGAGUGUACCUGGUCAUCAUCUUGAAUGUACUCCAUUGCAAUACGGCACUUCAUUUGAAAUCUUAUCUCGUUGUUUACAAAUCUUUCUUUUUCAAGGUUUAUCUAUCCAAGGUGUCCGUUCAUGUGGUGAUUAUAUGUUUUCUGGUCAUACAGUAGUUUUAACAUUAUUAAAUCAUUGUAUUACAGAAUAUACAACCUCAGAUUUUUAUGCUGUACAUCUUGCAUCCUGGUUUUUUAAUAUAUUUGGUAUGAUAUUAAUCUUAGCAGCACAUGAACAUUAUACAAUUGAUGUAUUUAUUGCAUUCUUUUUAACAAGUCGUUUAUUUUUAUAUUAUCAUUCGUUAGCAAAUAAUGCUGUUUUACAUUCAAGAACAGAUAAUCGCUUAUCAAUCUGGUUUCCAAUGUUUUCAUAUUUUGAAAAAAAUAUUCAAUGUAUGGUACCGAAUGUGUUACGUGUACCAUGGCCAUUAAAAGUAUUUCAUAUUCAUGAUGAAAUUUAUGAUGAAAAACAAAAAGAAUUUCCCUUAAAAUGUGAUAAUAAGCAGUGUAAUAUUCAUAAAGAAAAGAGAAAAAAUGAAUGA